UUGCGGCAGCCAUUUGUCAUUUUUUGGCAUGCGCGUUUGAGGAUGCUACAGAUAUUGUGCUCAUGAGUGUUUUCUUAAAAAUUAAGUUCGGUGAUUCAAAAGUUAGUGAAACUUUCUUGUAAUUUGUUGUUUAGUGUUUUGUUCUUUUUUCAAGAUGAAUAAAACAUGUGCGCGGUGCGUAAAGACUGUUUAUCCCACAGAGGAACUCAAAUGCUUGGACAAGGUUUGGCACAAAGGGUGCUUCAAAUGUCAAGAAUGCGGGAUGACACUUAACAUGAGAACAUACAAAGGAUAUGGAAAACUACCUUAUUGCGAGUCACAUGUGCCAAAAGCGAAACAUACGACUAUGGCGGAAACUCCAGAACUCAGGCGGAUAGCUGAGAACACGAGAUUGCAGAGUAAUGUCAAUUAUCAUGCCGAUUUCGAGAAAAGCAAGGGGAAAUUUACACAGGUAGCAGAUGAUCCCGAAACACUAAGAAUUAAGGCGAAUACGAAAAUUAUAAGUAACGUUGCGUACCACGGUGAAUUGGAAAAGAAGGCCCAGAUGGAGAGGCAAAGGCAGAUUAAUGAAAAUGGCGAAAUUGUUGAUCUCGCAACAAACGAUUAUCAACAUCAAAUCGAGUCAUACGCAACGGAGAUGCUACCAAACUUACCGCCGAAAAAUCAUUACCAAACACCCGCACGGCAAGAGUUCAAAGAGAUUUACAACUACCCGCAAUAUGAGGAGUUGGCGUCGCAAUCGAAUUAUGGCUCGAAAAUUGGUAGAAUUCAAGAUUAUGACCCGUUGAGCGAUGGCCCACGGGCGCCGCCCAACACUCAGCGGGCGUCGGCUACUUUGAUUUAUAACAGCUCCAGUGAAAAGAGAGGAACACAGCAAGUCCAACAACAGACCCGCCACAUAGGGCGCGUCACAGAUAUGGAUCCACUCGCGAAUGAGCAUCACCAAUCACAGGUGACUCAUCAAUCACACAGACCAGCUAAUCAUCACAAUCAGCGAGUCUACGUAGCGAUGUAUGAUUACGAAGCCAAUGAUAGCGACGAGGUAUCAUUCCGCGAGGGAGACCUUAUUUCAAAUGUGACGUCCAUAGAUGAGGGGUGGAUGACCGGUCAAGUGUUAAGAACUGGCCACACCGGUAUGUUGCCAGCUAAUUACGUCGAACUUGCCCCAAAUUACCCCAAUUAAUUUGUUAAUUCUUUUAAGGCGAUUUAUAAAUUUUAUUAUAUUUUUAAUAACCCAUUAAGAUAUUUGUAAUAAUUUGGACCCUUGUACCAGCUUCCGACCCCAACUUUAAACCGAUAUAUUUCAGUCAAAUUAUAUAUAACCGUUGUUAAUCCUAAUAAAAUUUUCCUUCAGGAAUUACCCUUAUUAUUAUUUUUUGGUGACUAUACGAAAAUCUGUAUUUUACUAUAAUGGGCUAUUUGACAUGUAACCAAAAUUUCAGAUUUAUAAUCGGAUUCAAUAAUUCAAAUUUAACAUUUAUAGCAAAAACACAAAUCGCUAAUAGCUACAUGGCCUGUGACGUAACAUGCUUGUAAACACGUGAACAAACGUCAAGUUUUUCAUGUAAUUGUCAUUCUUUUAAAUAAAUGCUAAUAUAUUUCGAUUAACAAUUCUUAUCUAGGCAAGAUGGCGUCCCUGUGACGCAACAUGCUUGUUUACACGAUGGAGUUCAGACUUAAACUCAAAUACAAUAUUAGAAAGUGACAGAAGAAGACAUGUUAUUUCAACUUCGACUAAACUGUAGUCAUUUUGUUCGGUAAAUAAAAAUAUAUUUUUAUAUAUUCAUUAUUUACUAUAUAACCAUAACGUUUAAAACUAUGUUGUUAAUACUCGAUAACACUUACUAUCAAAUAGUUAAGCUUGUUAGCGAUAAUCCCGUUGCUCAUGGUAGAUUAUAACAGUCCAUAGUUCAUAUUAAAUUUCUAAUAACAAAGAGUUGCCUGGCUUAGGAUUUGAUAAGAUGAUAUUUUCUAUCGACAAAUCUGUGACCGUUUGGUGUCACGUGACUUGUGAAAAUUAAUAUAUUUUGAGUAUUUUCAUAAUUUAUAAUCUAUUUUAAAAUGCAAUUUUAUUUUUCGAGUAUUUUAUUAAAUGGUUUAAGCUACUUGGGGAUGAAACUCCAAAACUACAGAAACUAAUGUAAUCCUGAUAUUUCUUAGUUUAAAGUUGGGUUGGAACGCUUGUUACAAUUAAUACCUGCCUUAAAAGCCGCUAUUGUUGUCAUUGUUAUUUGUAUGCUACCUUGCCAUGCCCAUUAAUUAUAUAUAUUUGUUUUAUAUAAUCUGUGAAUUACAUUUGUAAUGCCUACAUCUUCUAUUUGUUAAAUAAAAUAUUUACCGAAAUGUGAGCAGUUUUGUACAAAAACUGGCAACACAACGGUAUUUGAGAGCUGUCACAUUUCACUUGUGUAAGUUGUCAAGAAUCAAUAUUUUGCAUACGUCUACUAAUAUAAGGAAAUAUUGUAUUUUAUGGUUAGAUAUAAAUAUUAUAAUAAUCAUAUAAUUUAAUGUGAUUUUAAUAUUGCGCUUAUAUAUUCAGUUUUAUAUAUUUCGUUAAUUUUUAGGUACGAUAACAUCACUUUAAUUUUAACAAUGCUUGUCUACUAACAAUAUUAGUAAAUUAAUUUUGACCAGCCGACGAGCAAGAAGCCUAUAGUUUCAGACACACCGAAUUAAGACGUCAUAGAUGACGUUUUGAGAACUGUAUAAAUACUUGCCUUAGCGAGACUAAGGCUUUAGACAGUAUCAAUAGUGCACAAACUUUAGUAUUGAUGGGUAACUCACUGUGUUGGCUCUGGAACCUAAAAAAGUGUCCUCUGAAACAAGAGCGCUCCCUGGUUUAGCUGCCUCGCAAUUGCUGGUCUCCAGCUGUACCAGUACCUCAGUUAACUCAGGCUACAGGGUACCUAGGCUGACCUACCGGUCUUCGGUCACCGGCUCAUGAGCUUUCUCCUCCGUGCGGUCAUGGUGCCCCAGGGGACGUUGUUUGUUGUUGAUUGUAUUCUCACAGAGCACACAGCGUAUCAUGUUAUCCCAAUAUGUGACUGACAAUUAAAAAAAAUACAGAAUCAUUUCAAUGAUAGAAAUUUCAUUAGUGAAAAUUCAGCCCGUCUUUGUGUCUAAUGUCAACUAUCAUUAGCUCAGUUACCAUCAUUUACGACAAACGUCUGUGUUGUCUUUACAUGCUAUACAUUGUCAACUGUCAUUUGUCUAUUAUAAAGCGGGAACUCGUGUUACUCAUGCUCUUACUUUUUACAUAAAAAAUAAAUUUACAGUUAGAUCACAAUAUGUAUUUUUGCUAAAAUGUUUAGAUAUAUACAAUUAGAUUAGUUUAUCGUUCAAUAUAUUUCAAGUGUCACAUUGUCAAGUUUAUUCGCAUUUGUUUUCAUUCCAUUUCUAUGGAGAGUGCUUUUAUUUUUGUAAAUAUAUUUUUUUAUAAGCCUCAAGUUGUGGGCGUCAUUAUAUUUAUAAAAUUUAACUAUUAUAUCUGUGACACAAACAUACACACUCGCCAGGCCAGUGUCAGCGGAUGUGCCGCCAAUUCGUAUUUGACAAACGAAAUUUUUCUGUCAUGAGAUGUUCUAUUAUGUACAAGAGCAUAAUAUACAGAGAUUUUACAUUCCUUUUAAUUCCAUUGAUCGUAAUGAAACCUCGUUUAAUAUGCCUAAUCUUUCUUAAACGUCAUACUUUGACAGUUCAAUCGCUAUCAAUAUGCAGUUGUUGACAACAUGAAUUUUAUGUCGAAUCUAAACUUGCAAAAGUUUGUAAAGAGCCUUGCGCAACAUGCAAUUAAUAAAAUAAAUGUCAUGGAAACAAAAUAAUACUGGUGACGUUUGUAAAUACUGUGGCAUAACCGGACGGAUUGACAGAACUAACACCUGACGUCAUAAUCCAAUUUCGUCAGAACGUAGUCGUAGAGACGAACAUCAAUUUAAAUAAGUUUCCAUAUUUUAACUUAGGAGCUGUUAAAACUGUUACAUUGACAUUGAUGGAACUGGCAAUUGACGUUUUGAGGGUUUCGUUGCACUUAAGUUAUGCACAAAUAUUUAUUUUAAUUUAAGUUAUUUAAUAAUACAUCACAUUUGAACAGCAAUUCCUCUACUUAUAAUCGGUCGUUACAAAAGUAACAGUAUUAAGAUUAAUGUGCCUUGUAAAGUUAUAAUAUAUAUUUUAAGAAAA